AUGAAGGUUUUUUCACUUUUAAUGAUAUUAUUGGCCACGAAAAGUUUGUCAAUACCAGGGGACCAAAAUAAAAUGUUGAUAGAUUUGGACAUUUCUGGAAGACGACCAUGCAAAAUUGAGGUUAGUCCAUCUGGCAAAUUUAUCGGAGGAAUUAAUCACACGGUCAGGAAAAACUCCAAACAUACUCACAUUAUUGGUAGCGUCAUGGAUGGUGAUAAGCUUAUUACCCCGGGAGAUCCUACGGCCAUGAGCAGAUACGUCCUAAACACGCCCGAGGAUAAUGGCUUCAGAUAUGUCAGGGUAAUUACGAGGUAUAGAGUAGCCUGUAGCUAUUUGACUUAUGCUGAAGAGUUUGUGAAAAUGCCUAACAGCGACGUAUACAGGGCCAUAAACAGAGAACCCCUGAUCUUGGACAUUCUGGAACAAAAGGAGGAUGAUAACAUCAGGAUUGAUAUACUUCCAGAACGUUCCAUUCAUCAAGGAAAUCCCGGACAUCCUCAGAUCCUUCCAACUUGCUAUUCCAUUAAAUCUGAAGUGGAAUUGCAUAAAACUAUUGGAGAAAUUAGGUACGGAAAUUAUGUAAUUGAUGACAGAGUUGGAGGACUAAUGUGCAGAAUGGUCAGAUGGGAAGGAGAUAUUGGCUCUCCUAUAAUCACAAUUGUAUCGACCUAUAACGAUUGGACUCAAGUAGAAAUGAAGUACGAGUAUUUAAUCGAGACUUGCGAAGUCAAAAUGCAAGAGUAUAAAAGAAAAAAUUUAGACUUGCUUGAAUAG